UGUAAAUAAAUAGAAUGAUGCAAAAGGCAAUAUUAGGAAGAAGUUUCAGUCAGUAUGAACGGAGAAGGAUGGGAUUGGGAGCUCUCAUUUGUUGCUUUUUUAUGGCAUUCACUCUUUUCAAACCUUUUAUUGCCAACUUACCCCUAAUUACUUUUCUGCAGAGGAUUUUGAGACAUCAAUGGCAUCUGGUCUCAAGAUAUUGAUGAGCACACAAGAAAUAAGCGAACCACCACAAUCAUAUAGUUAUGUGGAGAGUGUAACACCACCAAUCACUCAAAACCUAACCAAUUCAAGAUCACAAGUGUACGAAAUAAAUGGUGAGGUUAGGGUCCAUGGCAACUCAUCCACCAUAUUCAUACCCACAACUCAACAACUCAACACAACCACCUCCUUUUGGAACCUCAAACCCUACGCCCGAAAUUUCGAGAAAAGCAUAAUGAAAAAGAUCAAAAAUAUCAACAUAACCUAUCAAAACCCUAACACAACCCCACCUUGCACCCGGCUAUUCACUGCCCCGGCCGUCAUCUUCUCCACCGGAGGCUACCUCGGAAACCCCUUCCAUGACUUCACCGACGUGCUCAUCCCACUCUACUUGACCUCUCGGCAAUUCAACACGACGGUAAUCUUCCUCGUAGUUGACAUGAAUCCAUGGUGGAUUUCCAAAUACAAACCAAUCCUACACAUGUUGUCAAAAUACGAAAUUAUCGACAUGGCCAGCCAAAAUGAGGUCCUAUGUUUCCCAAGAAUUAUCGCGGGGCUCAAAUCUCACAAAGUGUUAAACAUAGAUAAAUCGAUUUCACCGAACUAUUCAGUCACUCACUUCACCAAAUUUCUCAAAACCACCUACUCACUGGAGAGAGGGUUUGUCGGCGGUUGCAAGAACAAGAGCCGGCGCCUGAGGAACGAAUACGACGUGGCUGAGCUGGCACAGAGCGUUGGAUUCGACGUGAGCGUGAGGGAAAUGGGAGGAGAUGUUUCAUCGGUAGCGAGAUUUGGGAACGGCUUUGAUGUUAUGGUGGCGGUGCAUGGUGCCGGGAUGACCAACAUGGUAUUUCUUCUCGAAAAUGCGAUUGUGGUGCAGAUUGUGCCGUUCGGAGUGGAGUUUAAUGCGAAGGACUGCUUCGAAAACUCGUCGAGAGAUAUGAAUUUGAGAUAUUUGGGGUAUAAGGUGGAAGUGAGGGAGAGCUCGUUGGUUGAGAAAUAUGGGGUUGGGAGUGAGGUGUUUGAUCUUCAAAGUUUAUACAAGAAGGAAUGGGCUGUAUAUCGUUCGGUUUAUUUGGAUGAACAAGAUGUUAGUGUUGAUUUGUUUAGGUUUAAUUCAACUCUAUUGGAAGCCAUGGAGCUUGUUUGUAAUAGUUAGUUAGGGGUUUUUUCUUGGUGUAUAGGAAUGUGUAAAUUAAAUUGAAAUGUAUGAUGUUCCAAUAAUUAAAUUACACUUUUCUUA